AUGGAACUUACAAAUACGAAUGAUGAAAAUUCUUUUGAUCCAACGCCAAAACUAAAAUCUAAUCCUAUACCAAUUAAUUUUAUUUCUUUUAAUAAUAAUGAUACAAAAUGUUUUAAUUGUGGAGAGUAUUACGUUCUGACGCAUUAUUGUUAUCAAAGAUAUUGUAAAAAAUGCUUAUCGAAUUAUCUAACCAAUAUAACUGAUAAUAAUAUUUAUUUGGAUGUAUAUAUAUUCACAAGGAACUUAAAAUGUAGUGAACACGAAAUAAUUAGGACAAAAGAACCGCAAAAUAUUCAAGGUUGCUGCAAAAAUUGCUUAGAAAUAUUAUGGUUUAAACAAAUACCUACGAAUCAUUUUAGUAUAUCCGGAUUUGGUUUUUCUUCGAUUUUUGAACGUAAUUUAUACGACAUUUUAAAAGUUAAUGUGGUGGAAAGUGAAAAAUAUUGUAAGCUAUGUGGGAAAUCUUUAUAUCAAGGAACAGACUCUUCUAUUAAACAUAAAGUCAGAUUAUGUUCAUAUUGUUAUUUGAUCACUUAUGGAAAUAUAGAAUCAACCUUUACUAAAAAACUUAUUCCAAUUAUUUAUUUACCAUGGUGGCACAAUAAACCUCAUUGUGAUGGUUGUGGAAAAGAAUUAAAAAUUACAUCAGACUGUCAAAAGUAUUGCGGUGGAUGUUUUAUAUUUUAUAUUGGAUGUAGAUACUGUUUAACAACAAAUAUUAUUUUUGGAUUGACAACUCGAUCUCAAUGUAGAAAAUGCCAAAGAGUAUCAUAUAUUAUUGAUAAUUUAAAUAUUUUGAGUGGAAAUAGUGAAUUAGAUGAUUUUCUUGCUAAUAUAUUACCUGAAUCAUACAAUAAUUUUAAAGCAGAUGAGUUUGCAGACAAAAUAAAAAGUAGUGAAUAUUAUAUUCCAUUGGAAAUAAAUUCAACUAUUCGUUCUCUGUGUCAAAACUAUAAGAAUGCUCAAUCAGAAAAGUUGAUAGAAUGGAUAUCAUAUCCUCAAUUUACGGAUGUAAAAGAAAUAGCAAGAGGAGGAUUUGGCAUUAUAUACCGUGGAACUUUAGAUCGGCAAAGUGUAAUUUUAAAAAAAUUCAAAAAUUCACAAGAUACCAGCAGAUAUUUCUUAAAUGAGUUAAAAUCAAAUCAAUAUUGUUAUGAAAUUAAACAUCAUAUUAUUAGAACUCAUGGCGUUACGAAAGAUCCCAAAUUAGGUGAAUAUAUGUUAGUUAUGCAAUAUGCAUCGGGAGGAGAUUUACAUAACUGGUUACAAAAGAGUUUUGUAAAUAUUAAGUGGAAUAAAGAUAAAUUAAUUAUUUUAUGGCAAAUUUCAGAAGGACUUGAAACUAUUCAUAAAGCUGAUUACAUACAUCGAGAUUUUCAUAGUGGAAAUAUAUUAUAUGAUUUAUUUCACAAUAACUCAAUAAAAGAAAAAUUUAAAUUUAAAGAAAGACAUCAAUGGCUAAUUGGAGACCUAGGAUUAUCACAGCCCGCAAAUAGCACAUCGUCAAAUAAUGAAAUAUAUGGAGUAAUACCUUACAUCGCACCAGAAAUAUUUAAGGGGUCUUCAUUUUCUAAAGAAUCUGAUAUUUAUAGUAUAGGCAUGAUUAUGUGGGAACUAACAACAGGCUGUAAGCCUUUUGCUAAUGUUGAACAUGAUCAUAAACUGAUUUUUAAAAUUCUUGAUGGAGAACGACCUGAAAUUACAGAAGAUACUCCAGAAUGUUAUGCGGAUUUAAUGAAAAGUUGUUGGGAUCCUGACCCCAAAAAAAGACCCUUGGCGAAAAAUAUUCGUAAUACCUUUGGUAGUUGGUCCUUCAGAAAAAAACACAAUGAUAUAUUUGAUAAAGCUGAAUUAAAAAGAAUUGAGUUAUUAAAUUUAAAGAAGCUUGGUCCUGAGUUUGCCAAAAAGCCUCACUCAAAAGCCAUUUAUACAAGUAGACCAUUAAGCUAUUUUAUUUCUAAAUGCUCAUCUAUCAAUUCAUCUUUAUUUGACAGCAAUGAACAAGCUUACAUUUCGAAAGAACUGGAAUUUGAUAUAGAGUCUGCUGAAAGUGGGUCAUUAAAUGUGCCUGCAACUUUGAGAAAGAGAAAGAUUAAUGAAUUAAACAUUGAAAAUGAUGGAAAAAAGAGAUUUUGUGGUUGAAAUAUAUUUUUUAAAUAUGCUACAGUACAGUAUAUACAGGUAAUCAUUACUGUUUUAAUUGUGGCUUAGGCAUAAAAAAUGAUCAAGGUAAAAU